AUGUCUUUCAUCAGAGAGUUUAUGAUGCAAACAGUCUAUCUGGGCAUGCCCGAUGAGUCAAUCUUAAAAAACGAGGGGACCGUGAAGUCCUCGCCAAACUUCAGCGCCAGUGGUGAUGCAGCAGUCUUGGACCAGGCCAUUAAGGCAAAAGGUGUGGAUGAAAACACCAUCAUUGAAAUACUGGUGAAGAGGAGCAAUGAGCAAAGGCAGCAAAUUAAAGAAGCUUACCAACAAGCUAGCGGAAAGCCUCUUGAGGCAGCACUGAAGAAGGCAUUGAAGGGAGAUUUAGAGGAUGUGGUCAUGGCUCUUCUGAAAACGCCAGCCCAGUAUGAUGCCCAGCAACUGAAAAUGGCCAUGAAGGGGUUGGGAACAGAUGAGGACACCCUCGUUGAGAUUUUGGCCUCUCGGACCAACAUGGAGAUUUUGGAAAUAAAAAAGGCCUACAAGGAAGAGUACAAAAAGGACCUGGAGGAAGAUGUCAGAUCUGACACCAGUGGAGACUUCAGAAAUGCACUCCUUUCACUCUGCAAGGCCAACCGCACUGAGGGAGUGUGUGAACAACUAAUUGACAGUGAUGCCAGGGCUUUGUAUGAGGCUGGAGAGGGGAGGAAAGGAAAAGACUGCUCCGUUUUCAUUGAAAUCCUUACUGUCAGGAGUGCCCCUCAUCUCCGUGAAGUGUUUCAGAGGUACUCUAAGUACAGCAAGGUUGAUGUGGCCAAAGCAAUUGAUCUGGAGAUGAAGGGUGAUAUUGAGAAUUGCCUCACAGCAGUCGUCAAGUGUGCUGGGAGCAGGUCUGCUUUCUUUGCUGAGAGGCUGUACCUAGCCAUGAAGGGAUCUGGAACCCGCAAAAACAUCCUUACACGUAUCAUGGUGAGCCGCUCAGAAAAAGAUUUGAAACUAAUCAAGGCAGAAUACAAGAAAAAAUAUGGGAAAACACUCUACCAGGACAUUCUGGAUGAUACGAAAGGAGACUAUGAGAAGAUUCUCCUUGCUCUCUGCGGGAGUGAGGACUGA